UCUUUGGGUUUCACUCGAGGAUUAUCAUAUACCAAACACAGAUAUUUUAGCAUUUUUUAAAUUAAAUUUUGUAAAAAGUUUUUUAUUUUCUCUAGUAAAACUUUAAAAAAAUGGCUUUAGUCGAAUUUGUUGGUCAAGUGGCAACUAUAAUUACACUUUUUUCAUUUUUAACCGGAAUUCCAAUAUGUCGAAAUAUUCAAUUAUCUGGUUCGACUGAUAAAUUUUCUUCGUUACCAUUCCUUGUUGGAAAUGUUUGUGGUUAUCUAUGGCUUCGUUAUGGUUUAAUGUUAGGUGAUCCAACAAUGACUUUUGUUAAUAUUGUCGGUUUUACAUUACAAUCAUUAUAUCUAAUUUGGUUUUAUAUUUAUACAUUUCCAAAGAGCAAAAUUAAUCGUGCAAUUAUUGCUGUACUUUCGAUGUUAUUAUUUGUACAUUUAUAUAUUAAAUAUACAAAUGAACCAGAAUAUUUUGUCGGUUUAAUGGCAUGUUUAUCAUCAUUAUUUUUUUCCAUAUCACCAAUGCCAUUAGUAUUCGAAGUAAUACGUACAAAAUGUACUGAACAAUUACCAUUCAGUUUAAUAGCAUCAUCAUUUUUGGUUACAUUAUUAUGGUUUAUAUAUGGUUCAUUGAUUGGUGAUGCAUUUGUUCAAAUACCAAAUGGUUUAGGUGCAUGUAUUUAUGGUGUACAAUUAAGUUUAUUUACUAUAUAUCCAUCUAAACGUAAUAUACAGAUUUUAUCAUAUAGUUUAAAACAAACGGAAAAAUUAUUAAUAACAAAUGUUUCACCAAUGAUCGAAAUGAACAUUUGAUUUGAAUAACAUAACAUAACGAACGAACGAACGAACCGGUUAUCUUUCCUACUAAUAUGUUUUUUUUUUGUGUGAUACAUGAAAUCUAU